GGUCUUGGAGCGUCGAGAAUAGUCUUUCCGUUCGCCUUAACAGUCCGACCACAACUGAAUACAAUUAUAAGUUCUUGCUCGGGAGAGAAACUUUCAGUAUACAACGAAUCGUUCGACGGCCAGCAACGACGGUCGAAAACAAAAAACGACCGACUCGAACCGAAGGAUAUGAACCGAACGACGCGGACUAAACUUUGCCAUGCACUCCCAGUGCUGCUGCUGACGCUCCUCCUGCUCUGCGUGGAUCACACAGCGAGUCGCCCCUCGACCGAGAGCGAGGGCGACAGCUCAACCUUGCCGCCUGGUGCUGACAAUAUUGAGAUUCAUCAUGUGGAGGUCGUGGAUGGCAUUAACCACGAGGAUCAUCCGGUGAUCAUGUACAAGGAGGACUUUGUCAACGAGGAUUACGAUCCGACUAAAAAUGAGACCAAGUCCAUCUACCCCAAGCUGUACAAGCGCACACAGCGCACAAGACAUCAUCAUAGUCGAGCCACUGCGCAGCCAGCGCUGGAGGAGGAGAAGAUUCUCUUCGAUGUGCUGCCCGAGACGCCGCUAAUAUUGAGCGACGACGACGACAAGAGCAAGCAGCGGACAGAGGAGCCGACGAAGGAGGCGUCACUGCACAAGUAUCCCAAGAAGUAUCACCGUCGUCAUCGUCGCCACGCCUACAACCAGAAUGUGCGCCAGCUGUAUAGAAACGACCUCUAUGCGCCACAGCCAGAGCCAGUCUACUAUCACACAGUGCCGGCGCCCCACUAUCUGCCCAUUCGGCCAGUGCAAUACUAUCGCUAUCCAACGAUCGGCAAGCCCCCAAAGUACCAGGGAAAACUUCCCUUCUGGCGGACUGAUGCGCCGCCCAAGGAGCCCGCAAGUAUCGGCACUCGCUUAGAUACCGAUGACGAGAACAGCCUCUUCCACAACUCCAAUCCGGCUGACGCAGACUUCUCUGUGUUCGAUCAGCCCCCGCCGAGUAACACGAUUGCGGACCAAAACAACAACAACAACUUCUGGCCCGUGCAAGAAGUAGAGCAGCCACCUAUUUGGAGUCCAAGUGAAGCUCGCCGACCAGGCAUCAGCGCGCCCGUCUUCCAGUCGCCCCCCUGGGCCAUAACGCUCCAGCCAAGGCCCCAGACACUGCCCCAGCCACAGCAACAGCCACGUCCCAUGUUUCGACAAGAUGCCGUGCUAUUCCCGCAGGAGUCCAGCUAUGCAUUAGGCACGGCCUGUCAUCGCGCCUCGCAGCAGUGCUGCAGCCUGGAAUCGCUGGGUCCGCUUUACGACUGUUUUCACCGACGGGGCUGCGAGCAACACCUCGCUGAAAUACUCUCUAUUUGCUCUUAGUCAUCACCCAUUUGCCAUGAAGAAGAAUCAAAUUGAAUAGUUUGCUAAACUGAUCUCGACACCAGCAUACAUAGAUCUGAAUCACGUCUGCUUUCGGCAUUUGCUGGCUCGAGAAACUCGCAUUUCAGGCACAUUUGAAAACUUUUUCAUAAGAAAGAUCUUUAAGAACAAG